GCAAUUCGUAGAAACAUGCAAUUAAUAAUAUUACUGACGCCCACAGGAAGCAGACGAAACAGCCGCAUCGAGUUCCAAACCCUGCCAAGCAAUCCUCGCGGGGACUUCAAGUUCUCGUUUGACUUCAGAACGACCGCCACCGAAGGCGUCAUCUUCUAUGCGUCGGACGAACUGCAUCGUGACGUCAUCGCUAUAUACAUGAAGGAUGGGAAAAUCGUGAUGCGCUUCAACCCCGGCGACGGGCCGGUCCAGAUGCGUUCGCAGAAGGCCUUCAACGACGGCGCGUGGCACAGCGCAGUGGGGGAGCGCAUCAACGCCUUCGGGGUCCUGUACGUGGACGGCUACCAGGAAGGGAACGGCACGAGCAAGGGCAAAUCCAAAUUCAUCGAUCUGAAGCCGCCUUACUACUACGGCGGCCUCAGCACAGAGAUCGCCGACCAGGCCCGCGCCAACACGGAGGAGACCGACCUGUCCUUCAACGGCUGCCUGCGCAUCAUGCGCAUGAACAACCAGCGCCUGAGCGGAGAACACCAAGCCUUCGGCCUCAAUCGCUGCUCCGAGAACGUGGAGCCGGGCAUCUUCUUCGGCGAGGGGCUUCGGGCUCACGUCAUCCUGCGCCAGCGCUUCAGUGUGGGCCGCGUGUUCGAGAUGAAGAUGGACAUCAAGCCGAGAAAGAACAACGGCGUGAUCAUGUCCGUGCACGGGCGACGAGACUUCGUGCUGCUGCAGCUGAGGAACGGUAGCGUGGAGCUCACGGUGGAUAACGGCAAGGGCGAGAUCGUGAAUAGGUACACCCCGCCGUCGCCGUGGUCGAUCUGCGACGGGAAGUGGCACACGAUCCAAGUGAUCAAGAAUAAGAUCAUCGCCAUCCUUAUCGUGGACGGGACCUCCACCAACCCCGUGUCCGGCAAAAUCGGCGCCACCUCCACGGACACGAAGCACCCGCUGUUCCUGGGGACGCAGCCGCGUAUCAUGCAGCGGCGCGGGAACGCUGUGGCGGAGAAAUUCGUCGGCUGCAUAAGGAACGUGUCGAUCAACAAGGAGACGGAAGACUUGCCUUACGCUACCUUCGUGGGGCAGGUCAAUGCCGGGUCGUGUCCCACUAUAUAAUAAAAGAAUGCUUUUUUUAAUUAAUCAAAAUCGCGGAUGGAGAAUUUGAACGUAAUAUUUGGACUGAGCUUGAGAUAUAUUGAAAUAGUACAAAGAAAAAAUAAAUUGAGUAUUGUAUACGGAAAUUAAACAGUACAAUGGAUUGAGCAUAAUAUGGGGUUAAUAAAGCUAUAUGGAUUGAACAUGAUAUGGAUUAAUAAAAUAUAUAUGGAUUGAGCAUAGUAUGGAUUAAUUAAAAUAUACAGAUCGAGCAUAAUAUGGAUUGAUGAAAAUGUAUGGAUUGAGCAUUAUAGUAGAAAAAGCUUUUUUGUUUUUUUCUCUAGAAAGGUGUUGUUCAUAUAUCUAAAAAAAUAUAAUAAUAAUAAUUGGAAGUAAUAGCGGAAUGUUGAUAGAAGUUGGUGAUAUGAAUAUUAAAAGUAAAAAAAAAAAAAAAAAAAAAAUUGGCAUACCUGAAUUGGCAUUCAUUUGGCUUUUUCAUUUGGAAACUUGACUGAAUAAAUUAUUCACAAAAUUCAAA